AUGGGUGAGACUGCUGCCGUUGUUCAGGACGAUGCUGAUGCCAAGAUCAUCAAACAACUCGAGUAUUACUUCGGAAAUAUCAACCUUCCAAGAGACAAGUUCUUGCAGGAGAAAAUUAAGGAGGAUGAUGGAUGGGUCCCAAUUACCACGAUGCUCAAUUUCAACCGCUUGGCGGCCAUUAGCAAGGAUACCGAAAAGAUUGCUAACGCAAUCAAGAGCUCCGGUUCCGAAAUAGUCACCGUCUCGGAGGAUAACCAGAAAAUUCGCAGAAAUGCCGAGAACCCCGUACCAGAGAACUCAUUGGAGUACUGGCAAAAGAUCAAGCACCGAACAGUGUACAUGAAAGGUUUCAAUACCGACACUCAACUCGACGAUAUCAUCCAAUGGGCCAACCAGUUCGGUGAGACUGAAAACGUUUUGAUGCGUCGUUUGAAACCAGGAGACCGAACUUUCAAGGGAAGCGUCUUUAUCACUUACAAGACCAGAGAAGAAGCCGAAGCCGCUCAAAAGGCAGAUGCCAAGUUCGGAGAGACUGAGCUCACUAAAAUGAUGCAAGAUGAGUACUGGACGUUGAAGAACAAGGAGACGAAGGAGGCUCGUGCUGCUAACAAGGCUGCUAAGUCUGCAAAGAACACCGCGGAAGCUGUCGAGUCUGAGAAGGCUCAAAACGCUGUUCACUUCGAGAAGGGACUCAUUUUGGCAGUUGAUGGACUCAGUGGAGAUUCAUCGGUAGAUAGCAUCAAGACCUUCUUCAAACAAUUCGGAUCAGUUGGCUAUGUUGCUCAUGAAAAUGGAAGCAAGACUGCCGAGAUUCGAUUCAACAACGACAGUGAAGGAGGAGCACAAAAAGCAUGGGACAAAGCUGCUGAAGCCGGAACCGAUGGAAAAGUUAUCCUCCAAGAGGCUGAAAUUGUCGGACGCGUUCUCGAAGGAGAAGAGGAGGAAAAGUAUUGGACAGAGUUCAACAAUAGAAAGAAUCAGAAGCAAGGAGGAUUCCACGGUGGACGCGGCGGUCGUAAUAAUCGCGGUGGACGUGGAGGACGUGGAGGACGUGGUCGAGGAGGACGCGGAGGAAGAGGCGGAAGAGAUGACCGACGAGCUGAAAAGCGAGGAGCGGAUGGCGAUGACAAUGGAUCCGAUGGGCCAAAGGCGAAACGUACGGUUUUCAACGAUGAUGGAGCUCCAGCUGAGGCUGCCGCGGAAUAA